AUGCCCGUGGGCGAUACAGUAGGCGAGGAAUGGGAGGAUCUAGGAUCGAAGGCUGCGGCAUUGCUGGCACCGGUCGAGGAUGGCGAGGACACAGGGAACCGCGGGUACGCAGAACUGGCGACGCUGGCCAAGCUGGGCGUGGUCAGUGGCAGCUGGGUGGCUGUGACCAGUGCGCACAGUGACUCGGCCGAGCGCCGUGCGAUCCGCGCAUCGGGCAUACCGUCGACUGAAAGCAUUCCGGUGACGGCAGUGCCGCUCGGCGUGCCACCCAGCACCCCCAGCCCAGCGUUCCUUGAGAAAGAGCCCACGCAAAAGUUCCAGCCGGCUCUGGAGCCCGAGGAUGGCGCAUUGCGCGUGGUACGUACAGGCGAUGACGUGGAUCCGGUCAAUGACCUCGUGUUUGACACGCCGGUUAUUGGAGAUUCAGGCAGAGUGGAUGCCAACGAGCUCGUGUUCUACAAGAUCGUCAGUGCCGAAGGGUUCCGGAACCGCUGGGCGUCGUCAUACGACAGUGAAAGCGAGGAGGACAGCGAGUACGAAUACGUAAGUGACUACGACGAAGAGGACGACGGAGAGGAAGACGUGGAUGCGAUUGCGGACCCGCUGGACCGGCAAUGGGCACAGUGGUACCGGCGGGUACGCGGUCUGGGUCUGGUGGUCCAACCCGACACCACAAUGGUCCACGCCCACGCGCCAUACCAGGCCAUCCGUGCCUUCCAGGACACCCUGGGUGCACCAUCAUCGGGUGCCGAGCCGAUACGCAAAUCGCUGCUCAAGGGAAACGCAGGCACGGGCAAGCGUCACGUGGUGCGGUCCCUGGCCAGCACCCUGGGGGUCCAUUUGUACGAGCUCAGCAGCUACGACAUUCUGGGCGACUCUGCCGACAAGACCGCGCAGGCCCUGCAGCUGUACUUCCAGAACGCCAUACGCUACACGCCAUGCAUUCUGCAUCUGCGGCAGGUCGAGGCACUGGCACAGAACGCAGCACCCGGCGAGGAGAACGACGAUCUGCCGAUUGCGCGCGUCCUCAAGGCCUGCCUGGACGACCUCACCCGGGCGCACCGCGAGUCGGGCUUCCCGGUGCUAGUGGUGGCGACCAGCAGCAUGGCUGACAAGAUCCCGAGCGCUCUGGCGGCUGCCUUCCGCCACGAGCUCGAGCUGCCGGUGCCCGACGAGACCACCAGAGCGGCGCUGCUUGCGCGGAUGUCUCAGGGACUGACGCUGGCGCCUGACGCCGACCUUGCAUUUGUUGCGCAGCAGACAGCGUCGUUUGUCGCACGUGAUCUCGCCAUGCUCUUCAAGCGCGCUGCGAACCGCGCGUGGCGACGUGCGCGUCCCCAGGCCACGACGCCCCUGCAGACGCGGUCCCUGGCUCUGUCGCAGCAGAUCAUCACAAACGACGACCUGGUGGGUGCGCUGGGCGAUGCGCGUGCGUCGAUGUCGGACACCCUGGGAGUGCCAAAGAUUCCGAACGUCAAGUGGGACGACGUGGGCGGACUGGCAGACGCCAAGAAGGACAUCCUGGAUACGAUCCGGCUGCCGCUGGAGCAGCCGCACCUGUUUGCGUCCGGACUGAGCACGCGCUCCGGCCUGCUGUUCUACGGGCCGCCGGGCACCGGCAAGACGUUGCUGGCAAAGGCCAUUGCGACCGAGUGCGGGCUAAACUUCUUCAGCUGCAAGGGACCGGAGCUGAUCAGCCCGUAUAUUGGCGAGAGCGAGGCCAACGUGCGCAAGAUCUUCCAGCGCGCGCGCGAAGCCAGCCCGUGCGUAAUCUUCUUCGACGAGCUCGACUCGCUGGCGCCCAAGCGCGGGCAGCAGGGAGACUCGGGCGGCGUCAUGGACCGCAUUGUCAGCCAGCUGCUGGCCGAGCUCGACGCGAGGGAUGGCGACAAGGCUGCCGCUGCCCCGCAGGUGUUUGCCAUUGGCGCGACCAACCGCCCGGAUCUGCUCGACCCAGCGCUGCUGCGCCCAGGGCGCUUCGACAAGCUGGUGUAUCUGGGCGUCAGCGAGACCCAUGCAGCCCAGCUCAACAUCAUCCAGGCGCUGACGCGCAAGUUCCACCUCCACCGCGACCUCGACCUGGCCAUGGUCGCCGAGCAGUGCCCGUUCCACUACACCGGCGCCGACUUUUACGCGCUGUGCUCCGACGCGCUCCUCAAGGCCAUGCUGCGCACUGUCGACGAAGUGGACGUGCUGGUAAACGACUGGAAUAGCGGCAAUGCUGGCCCUGGCGCCCACUACCCGGUGCCCAUGACGCCGCAGUACUACUUGGACCAUAUUGCGCCUGAUCACGUCAAGCAGGACGGCGAGGAGCUGGUUUCGCCAGAGGAUCUUCUCAGACGCCUCCAGCAGAUGCUGCCCGACAUGACCGUUGCGUCGGCUCCGCCCGCAGAUACUGUGCUUGCUGCCGGGGAGGUCGAUCCGCCCGAGUCUGUCUCUCCUUCAGAACUCGAUCCUCCUUUAGAGACAGCCCCUGCCGCUGCUUCAUCUGAUCCACUGUGGCAGCAAGGAAACAGGCACGGACCGUCAGUUGCGCAGUCUGA